AUGGCGUUUUUGGGCUCGGACGUUGAAGCCGACAUACCAUUAGUCGAACUGGAAGACAAGCGGUUGCCCUCCAAGCAUUGGCGUCGGCAACGUGAACCAACGUCGGCUCGGCGCGUGUACUUCAACGCCUUUUAUCGAGACGAAACGCUCCUCACGACGCCUCGUCGAGUCAAGAAUUCAACCGACAGAAGUCAAAAGCCAAGCGCAGCCUGCAUUACGGGACUCGUCAAGGCCUCGACGGCAGUCACAAGCCCAUACAUGGAUUGGCCAUUUCGGGAUGUCCCGGAUGACGAUGUCCGUGAGGACUGCGCUCGUCGGGUGAUGACGACGACUGGUGAGCCGUCCGAGCCUUUGGUCGCGGGUCAGAUCGCCGAAGACUCAGCGGUUCCCCUCGUGAAGGCGGUCAUCCAGCAUCGACAACUCUUAGUCGAGGUGUACGCCCUAGUGGACACCGGCGCCUCUGUCAGUGUGAUCAACCCCGACAUCUGGCGACUGUUAGGAAGCCCUCCGUUGGUGCAACCGAAGUACGGGUUGAUCUCAGCGUCCAACACCAAGAUGCCCACGAAGGGGCUCACCAAGUUUGUGAUAUCCGUCGGGACGUGCCGCGCCCACUUUUCACUGUGGGUCAUGGACGGGGCGGUGAGCCCUUGCAUUUUGGGGUACAAAAUGCUCCGCAAGCUCGGCGCUCUCGUGAACUGCACCCGAGCCUGUCUCCAAUUCGGGAACGGGGGAGAGGGAGUCAAUGUCGACGAAAUGAAGAAAAUUCUGGUGUGUGCGGCGGUACGAACUGAAUCACCCGCACCGAAGGAAGAAAUCCCCAUCGACUGGACUGAAUCUAGCCUGAGUGCCGAACAGAAGGAACAGCUACGAAAAGUACUGCUCAAGUUCGAUCUCUUCGUGACAACUUCCAAGGCUCCCGGACGAACAGACCUCGUCAAAUGUUACAUCAACACGGCCGGAGACAGCCCGAUCAAACAAGCACCCUUCCGAGUGGCCCAGAAGGAAGGCGAGAUCAUGGAAGCGGAGAUCAAACAAUACCUGGAGCUGGGACUGAUACGGAAGUCUACGAGCCCAUGGGCGAGUCCGGUACUCAUGAUCAGAAAACCGGACGGGUCCAUUGGAUUCUGCAUUGACUACCGACGACUCAACGACGUCACAGUCAAGGACUGCUACCCGAUACCGCGAGUCCACGACCUGCUCGACGUUCUGGGCAAGUCGAAGUACUUCUCGACUAUGGACGUGGCGUCGGGAUACUGGAACGUGCGAAUGGACGAGGAAAGCAUUGAGAAGACGGCGUUCACGUGCAAGUUCGGCCUGUACGAGUGGCUCGUGAUGCCAUUUGGCCUCUGCAACGCAGUGCCUCAGUUUCAACGACUGAUGGAAGGCGUGCUCCAGGAGUACAUCUGGCGGCCCCUGGAAAGACUGAAGGGCGCCCUGGACGCACUCAAACGAAAGCUGACGAGCCCGCCAAUCCUGGUCUACCCUGACUUCGAUCUCCCGUUCACGAUCUUUGUGGAUGCGUGCCCGAUUGCAUUAGGCGCCGUCCUGAUGCAAGAACAAGGUGGCCGACACCGCGUCAUUGCGUACGCAAGCCAAGCCCUGGACGCCACUCAACAGAGAUGGAUCUCGAAGAAAGACGGGACGUCCGAAAUCGAAUGCUACGGGCUGGUGUGGGCUACGGGCAAGUUCCGACCCUAUAUCGACCGCCGACACUUCACGGUUUACACUGAUCACGCUGCGCUGGUCUGGCUGUACAAGACGGGAUCGAAGUCGGGAAACGGGAAGCUGGCUCGGUGGGCCGUUCACCUACAAAACCUGGACUUCACGGCCUACAAAGCCUGGACUUCACGGUAG